AUGGCUUACGAGAAGUCAACUACCGAGGCGCGAUCGUCUUCGAUUAGUGCUUCAAACACAGUGCCUGUCGUUGACUUUUCACGCUUUCUUCUCGGCUCUGAUGUAGACAAAAGAGCCAUCGCCCGUGAGGUAGAUGAAGCAUUUCGCAAAGUCGGAUUCGUCUACCUGCAGAAUCACGGCAUCCAGGAGCAGAAAGUGGAUGAGUGCUUUGAAUGGAGUCAGAGAUUCUUCGCUCUCCCCGAAGGCGUUAAGAAGCUUGCGCCCCAUCCGCCUGGUGGCUCACAUCACCGCGGCUACUCGGGCCUGGGCAUCGAAAAGGUCACUCAGAAUGUGUUCGAGCAGGAGGAGCUCGCUGCAUUAAGGCAAAUGCCAGAUUUCAAGGAGAGCUUCGAGAGCGGAAACGUGCACGAUCAAAUGCAACCUAACAUCUGGCUCCCUGACGAGAAGCUGCCCGGCUUUCGACAGUUCAUGGAGGCCUUCUUCUUGGACUGCACUGACCUCAUACACACAAUCCUCAAUGCCCUCGCAAUCUCGCUCUCACUUCCCCCUUCUCAGCUCUCCAACGCCCAUUCUCAGUCCCUGUUCCAGCUGCGUCUUCUCCACUACCCAUCCAUCCCAAGAUCCCUACUGCACUCCGGCGAGAAGAGUCGGAUUGGCGCACACUCUGACUUCGGUACCUUGACGCUUCUCUUCCAAGACGAUGUCGGUGGCCUCGAGAUUCAGCAUCCCCAGACCGGGGAAUUUAUCGCCGCGCCGCCAGUACCCGGCGGUGUGCUCGUUAACAUCGGAGACCUGAUGAUGCGCUGGAGUAAUGGGAGGUGGAGGAGUACAGUGCAUCGGGUUGUCGCGCCUCCGGAGUUGAAGGGCGAGCGCGAGGGGCUUGAGGAUGAAGAAGCAGGGAAGGAGAUGUGCAGGCCGAGGUACUCAAUUCCUUUCUUUGCAACGGCAGAUCCGGAGACGGUGAUUGAGUGUUUGCCGGGAUGCGAAGGACCGGACGGGAAAAAGGAGUUCGAGGCGAUGACAGCCUUGGAAUAUGUUCAGAUGCGGAUGGCUGCAUUGUACGCUUGA